AUUUAAAAGGACACAGAGCUCCAGAUAAAUAGCCAUUUGUCUUUCUUCUGAAGAAAUUCCUCUGGUUACAAGUUCGCACCGUGAAUGCGAACCCACCUACUGCAUCAAAGACAGACUCCAGGUGAAGGACGCGUGGACAUGUCCUUCUGGACAAGGCUUUCGGGAUCUUGGCUGCCAUUGUUCCUCCUUCUCAUCCUUGUCCCCUCUACUGAGACAGAAAAACCCUCCGCCCAGGACGGCGGCGGCACUUGGAGUCCUGGCCAAAUGACAGAAGUACUCCGAGUUCUCUCUGCCGGCGACCACCCACCUCUGACCCACUCGAGAAGCCUCAUCAAAACAUGGCUGGAGAAAACUGGCUGCCCCUGGAGGACAAGGGCAACGCAAGGAGCCUGCAGUCUGUGCUUUGAACCAGAUGCCCUGCUGGUAAUAGCUGGAGGGGAUUUGGAAGAUCAGCUCCGAGAGGAAGUGGUCCAGAGGGUUUCUCUUCUCCUCCUCUAUUACAUUGUUCACCAGGAGGAGAUCUGCUCUUCAAAGCUCAACAUGAGCAGUAAGGAGUACACGUUUUACCUGCACAGCCUCCUCAGCCUCCGGCAGGACGAAGACUCCUACUUCCUCUCGCAGAACGAGACGGAAGACAUCCUGGCUUUCACCAGGCGGCACUUUGACACUUCUGGAAGCCAGUGCAUGGAAACCGAAACACUGCAGAGAAUGUCUGGAAUACUGAGCCACGAUGGUGCUGAUGAAAACACACUUCCGCAGUUGGCAGCAACCAUCAUCGCUUUGUCUCUUCAAGGUGUUUGUCUGGGACAGAGAAACUUACCUUCCCCAGACUAUUUUACAGAAUAUAUUUUCAGUUCUUUGAAUAGCACAAAUACUCUUCACCUAUCGGAACUAGACCAACUACUCAACACUCUCUGGACCAAAGGUACUUGUAUCAGGAAAGAUAAAGUCCAUCAACUUCAAAGGAAAAGAAACAACAUAACAAUUCACGAUUGGAGUUUCCCUAAUCGCUCUGUGUCCAUGGACCAAGAGUUAGAUGAUGGUCCAAUUUCCUGGGAUCAGAUUUGCUUCUCUGCUGGGCAACUGGUGGAGAUAUUUCUACAGAACAGCCUUUCACCUAUUUCUAAGGAGGACUUUAAACAAAUGAGUCCAGGAAUCAUCCAACAAUUGCUCAGCUGCUCCUGCCAGCUGCCCAAGGACCAACACGCAAGCCUGCCGCCUACCGCUCUGGAGAAAUACGGCUACAGCACGGUGGCCGUGACCUUGCUCACGCUGGGCUCCAUGCUCGGGACCACGCUGAUCCUCUUCCACAGCUGCGAGGAGAGCUACCGGCUGAUUUUACAGCUGUUCGUGGGCCUGGCCGUUGGCACGCUCUCUGGGGACGCUCUGCUCCACCUCAUCCCUCAGGUCCUCGGUUUACAUAAUCAGGAAGCCUCAGAAUCUGGUCAUUUCUAUGGAAGCAGAGGUCACAUUUGGAAACUGUUGGGGCUCAUUGUCGGCAUCCAUGGGUUUUUCGUGAUAGAAAAAUGUUUUAUUCUUCUUGUAUCACCAAGUGUCAAGCAGGGCGUGUCAUUGGUUAAUGGGCAUGUGGGACAUUCCCACCAUCUUGCACUCGACUCUGAAUUAAGUGACCAGUCAGGCAGAGGCAAAUCUGCUUCAACUAUCCAGUUGAAAGGCCCAGAAGAUUCCCAGGCAGCUGAAAUUCCUAUAGGCAGUGUGACAGCCUCCAAUAGCAAAUGCAAAUCCGUGAACUCGUUAGCAGUAAUGAUACUGGUCGGGGACUGCCUGCAUAAUUUCGCAGAUGGCCUCGUGAUAGGAGCAGCCUUCUCGUCUUCAUCCGAGUCUGGAGUCACCACGACCAUCGCCAUCUUGUGUCAUGAAAUCCCACAUGAAAUGGGAGACUUUGCUGUGCUCCUGAGCUCUGGACUUCCUAUUAAAAUUGCCAUCCUGAUGAAUUUUAUAAGUGCCCUCACUGCCUUCAUAGGACUCUACAUUGGCCUCUCGGUAUCAGCUGAUCCUUGUGUUCAAAACUGGAUCUUGACCGUUACUGCUGGGAUGUUUUUAUAUUUAUCCUUGGUAGAAAUGCUUCCUGAAAUGACUCAUGUUCAAACACGGCGACCCUGGUUGAUGUUUCUCCUGCAGAAUUUUGGAUUGACCCUAGGUUGGCUUUCUCUGUUACUCUUGGCUAUAUAUGAACAAAAUAUUAAAAUAUAAGUUUAAGAGUCUCAAAAUCCUUAAAAACUGAAUUUAUAUGUUCUCAUUUUUGUUUCUUUUGUUGUACUC